GUCGCACAAAGUUGAUAAUGCGCCCUUUACCGUCUGGAACUCGGCCUUUGAAGACAGAAUGUCGCUGCUUGCAAAGCUGGAAGAGUCCCACAGGGCCGUUAGAAAGGUUUGUGCUGGCACUUUGUGCUGCAGUGCUAGAAAAAUAAACUUCUCAGUGCAUGAAAUGGGUGAUCUAAAUUGCCAACUCAUAACACCCCAGUUGUGAUCCAUAGCCCUAGGCCUAUAGAUUGAGUGGUGUGAACGUUUAUUAUUAGAUAUGUGUGUGCAUGCAAUAACAAUGCAAGUCCUUUUUAAACAAGCAAACCUGGAAUACUCCCUUUACACUGUGUUGUGAAACUGCCACUGUGGAGUUUAUAGUGUGUCCCUCUUUCAUAUUCAAAUGAGGCCCUCUUUCAUAUUCAAAUGUUACCUUCUACUACAAGAGGAGAAUGUUUCGUUGUCAUAGAGACUUAUCCUCAUCAACUGCCAAUCCAGAGAAUAAAUAAGGUACCCAAGCAUAGGCGGUUAGUGCCGUGGAGUGUACUGUAGGAUGUGUGUGUGUAGCAGAGGAGGUCCUGCCUUCUCCCUCAUUCUACUACCUACCAACAUCCCCUUACAAAUAGGGCUGGGUAUUUUAUCAGUGGAUCUGUUGGCAGUCUUGCGUACUGCAGCUGAGCCCAGAAGGCUUGGCUUUAUUGCACUAGGGGGAACAGUAGGCCUCCAGGAUAUACUGUGCAAGUGGUAAACAAAGGGAGGGCUAUCUGCUGCUGCUGCUGCUGCUGCUGUAGCCCCAGUCAGUACUUGACUGAGAGAGAGACAGACAGAGAGAGAAAGAGAGAGAGAAGAAAUGGAAGCAUCCAGCCAGCUACUAAGUCUUGAUCAACAGAAGGAGGAAGAUGUUGGGACUAGCUUGUUUCACUGCCAUAUGAAGCAAAGAAGGCUUUUGAAUCCUCAAGAGGAGAUGGUUUGUGUAGUUCAUUGUCUGGGAGGGCUAUAGGAACAAUAUUCAAGAGUCAAGUUCAAUGCUUUACUUAUCUAAGAGUCCAAAUUGUUUGCAAUGUACUGCAAUGUUAACUAUAUGAUUUGAACAGCUUUUACUGUAUAAAGAGUGUCCUGGAAGGAUAGGCUGUUUAUGGAAAGGACCGGCUCCAGGUAUAAGCGGCAUAAGCAAUCGCUUAUGUCUUUGAUUGUUUGUGUGAUUGGUCAGUGGGUCGCUGGUUUGUUUUCAUUAUUUUUUUAUUUUUUAUGUAUCGUUUAUUUAUUCAGUCGAGACAAAAUAACAUACACAAACAACCGAAGAGCAACAUAUUUAUUUACUUAUCACUAUCUCAACCAAACCCACCUCAUCCAGAGUUAGGUAGGCUUGUAGCCUUAAGUCUUUAAGUAGGGCCAAUAGGCCUACUGUUAUUUGUCUAUUCUUGAUACCUGUUCUCUCACUCAUCAGAUAGCUUAAUACCCUUCUUCUCUGUCUCUCCAGAAGUUCCUGUUACACCGGUUGAUAGUCGUCGCCAGCCUCCCCCAGCAACACGCAGACAGGAAAGACCUGGGAGGUCAGCCAAACAUUACUGUAGAACACAUUUAAGAGGCAUUGUGCAUUCAAGGGCGGAUUACAAGGCAUCACUAUUUCACUGAUAGAGGUCCUUCCUGUACAUUGACUCAGGUUUCUCCUUCUCCUCCUGAGCAAGGUUUUGUUUAUAGCUGAUAGGUCAAAUCAAAAUCAAUGUUCAAAAUGCUUUAUAAUGUGUUUAUGAGUCUGUGAUGUUGGGACAUACUUCCUCUACAAAUACUCUUCACAGAAAAAGUUACUUUACUUUUGGAUGCUCCUUAGUUGGGGUUAUUCGAACAAGUUUCUUGUUAUGGGCCACAUUCUGGCUGUCACACCUAGGUCUGUGAGUGAGAAGGAUGGACAUUAUGGUGUGAUCCUUAUUCAAUAUAAUGGAUGCAAUAAAGGUUAUUCGUGAAAACCAAGACGUUUCCAGUAGUGAGAUACCUCACUCUGUUAUCAUAAAACCGGGGUUAUGCAAGUAACCGUACAUUCUUUCUCCUUUGGUUGUACAGUACACUACGAAGAGCUGAACCAGCGCUUGCAGAGGUAUUACCAAGGUGACACUAUCACAGGUCUGCUUUUGCUGUACCCAACCUGCAUGCUUCAUGUCAUUGAGGUAAUCAAGAUUAACCAGUAACACCUAUUAAUAAAACCCAUAUAAUAUAUACAAAUCUGUCAAAAUCCAGGUCAAUGCAACGAUAAGGCACUAGACUCAGUUACUUUAAUAAGAGGUAAACCUCCAUUGCCCAUCUUUCCAUUGAUUAGCAUAAUUAUAUGAUAUUUUCAUUAAUGACCAUGCUCUUUGUUUCUCUUCUAGUCCUCCAGCGAGGUUCUUGUGUCUCUGCUGCAGGAUCUGAGAGACAUGCAGGAACAGCCACACUGGUAGAGUAUCUUACUUCAUGCAGAUUUGAAUCAAUAUAUCAUCGUUUUAUCUCUUCUGCUACUAAGUUCCGAGGGUCAAGCGUGUGCAUUCCAACCAAAGUCAAUAUAGCUUGACUAAAACCCAGCCAUAAACAUUGUUUGACAUGCUGUCUUGAUGUUGUCAUGGUCCCUAUCAUCGUCAUGCAGUGUUCUGAUCGAGGCACCCAGGGUCUUGGUGAUGUCACAUGACCUUCCCAGCAGGCUGUUCCAGCAGUGGAGCUACAAGGUGCUGAAUGUGCAGGCCAGGGUGGGUGGGGCGCUGAGUAGAGACGGGCCAGAGGAGGAGGAGGUGGAGGACACAGAGACACUGGUCAGCACCACCCUGUCUAUGCUGCUCAAGCUUGGGAAUCACCUCCUCAAAGCCACCAAGGUGUGUCAGCAUCGUUUAGACUACAGAGACUUAUCAAAUCCUGGGCUCAUUUAAAGGAAGAUCCACCGAUAACUCGGCCACCUGCUAUUUUUGAAUGAAAUUAGUCCUACUCUAGAUACCAUAAGUGGAAUCUCUCAUUUCUGACAGACAAUUUUUUUGGUGCCUCUAUCAUCUCACUAUAUAUUUGUACAGGGGUCAAAGAUGCCCCCGGGCUCUGUUCUCGAUGAGGUACCAGAGAUGAUAGUCCCUCAGUACAUCCUGGUUCAGCUCCUGUCCAGAGGAGACCUUCUGAGCCCCCAGCAGUACCUGCAGGCCUACCACACCCCUCUCCACAUCCUCAUGGACUCUGGUGAGCAGGACUUUACUCACUCAUCAACAGGGUUGGGGUUAACUCCAUUUCAGUUCAGUCAAUUUGAGAAGUGAAUUGAAGUUCCAGUACAUGAAUUAAUUGAACAAAUUGUCAGAGAAAAUCAAUGGCUCUCAGAUUGUUAUAUAGUUCACGUUAACUGAUAACUUUGAUACCUAAACAUUGCCACAUGCUGUAUGUUCUGUGAUUGUUUAAAGGGCACGUGUUUGGAAGCAGUCAGCUAACUACAGUUUAGUGUUUGGCCAAAAGGUCAAAGGUAUGGGUCAGCAUGUCACAUCAAACCAAUGCACGUGGUUUGACCCCAGAGAAUAACAUUGCAUGCAUCAUCUCAAAUUGGAUCUGAAUGACUUUGAAUGGAUUGUAUCUCUCUGAAUGAAGGAUAUUUUGAUUCCGGCACUGUAUAUUCCUGUGUACGCCAGGGAUUCUGAGGUUAUGCUGUGCAUUUGAAUCUUAUUCCUUGUCUUUGUCUCGUGUUCUUGUUCUUGACAAAGGCCUCUGCAUGUAGGCUUUGAUAUAGGGAUUGAUUUUGUGGACACUGUCAGUUAGGAUGAUUCACAUGUUUGAUAUUAUUUCCACAGAGCGUACUUGGCCUCCACCUGAGCAUCUUCGAUGUGAAUUCUGACUUCUGAUGUGAUACAACUGGAUAUUUGAAUGUGCUUCCUACUCAAUAUAUUUUCAGAGUUCAUGCCUGGUUAUUUGUAUGUGUUAUUGAAAACUGCCAUUCAUCUGGACUAUGUGUAAUAAUUGUCCUUGCUCUAAAAACAGAUACUACAUAACAAGAUACAUUGUUUGGUACUAUAGCGUUAAAAUACACAGGGACUGCAGGAUUGGUUGGUUGUAUAUUGCAAAUAUUUCAUAAAUAUUUUACUGAAUGUGAACUGGCAUUAGAUGUAUUUUCUUUCCCGUGUAUAUACUGUCACACCCAAACCAUACUCACAAUAAGGCAUGAUUAAAUACACAUAUAUAAAAAAACAUUUUUUAAUAGUUUCAACAUUCUGAUGAGCAUUGUUUCUGAUCUUACAGUACAUGUCCAUAGUAGAUGUUCCACUCUGUGACUGGGAGGGAGUUUGUCCCCUCUCUUUAUUUCAGUGUCCCCAAUGUCACUGCAGUUUGACAUAGUACAGUAGGGCCUUUAUAUCUAAAAACAAUGUCUCCAGAGCAUCAAUCUUUCCAUUUUAUUUAGGCCCCCUUGUGUUAAUUUAUUACUUGAACAUAAACUAUGCAAAAAGGUUCAUAAAGAGGUACUUGCCUACCAAACAAUAGCUGCAUGCACC